ACAAAUCGCCAUGUUUCUUCUCGCCAGUCGUUUUGUCAGCUAGGACUAUUUAGCUUUUGCAGUCGUUUAUACGUGGUAAAUCUUUGCUAAAGCAUAAAAAUGAACAUAGAGGUGUUCCUCACCAUUUAUGCAAUGACAGGCUUCUCCCAGUAGAUGCUUGGAACAGUUUCUUAAAGGUCGGCAGAUAGUAGGUAAGGCUUCAACAAGACGGCAUUUCAUUGGAUAGUUGACUAGGCGUGCAGGCAGUAUGAACACACGCCAUUAAACCACAGUGUCCUUGAUCCAUGGAAGACAUGGACAAUGUGGAGGUGUUAGAGGUUGUGAAAGUAACUGAAGAAGUUGAAAAUGUGUACAGCCAAGUGGAGAUGACGUCCCCCAAAAAGAAGCGGGGCAAGACUGAUGAAAACAGUCACGAAAGACCCAAGAAGCCCCGAUCUGCCUACCUGCUCUACUACUUCGAUGUUCACCAGGUUAUGCAACUCGGAACCCCAAAUCUGCCUCAGUCUGAAGUCAACAAACGAAUCAGUGAGAGCUGGAGGAGACUGAGUGUAGCUGAAAAGAGCUACUAUCUGGAGAGAGCCAAGUUGGAAAAGGAGGGGAUAGACACAACAUCUCAAAGCUCCAGUAAACACCUGCCGGGCUUCCGCAAAAUUCUCCCCAGAGCCAACUGCUUCCUGGUGCCCAACAGCGCCUCCUCCAACUAUCAAGCUGUAGGCUCUCAGUCAGAAGUGUGCAUCGAAUCGAUUGAUUUUUCAGCUGAAGGAAGCUUGUGCUCGGUCGCCCUCAGGGUCCCCAAGUCCAAGGUAGCACCUGUUGACUUGGCCACUGAGAUGGAAAUUUCAGAACCUCCCACUGUUCCCAGUGAUACAGCAGAGGAAACAGUGGUGCCUUCUUAUGUGACUCCCCAAAGAACUUCGCCAUGGUCUUCAUCCAAAACCCUGACUUCCACAGACAUCCAGGGCUCACAGGGUUCUGUUGAUGAGAUGCUGAAUGAUGUAUCACUGAAAACAAAAGCCAGUGGAGUAGCAGUGCAAAUGGUGCAACGAGAAGCUACGCAGAUGGUGACCAUUGUGCCCUCCCAGAAUCAACUGGAGCCUCAUCCUUUGGCAGGCAUUAGUUCCCUGCAGCCAGUCAUGAUGAUUUCUGUAGGGGCCAAAUCAAACCAGAUUCCCAAACCUUCAUAUAAAAUGUCUGUAAAGACAUACACAAGGAGAGGUCGGGGGAGGUGUCUAAAUCCUGGCUGUUCUUUUGUUUACGUCACUCGACACAAACCACCUACCUGUCCUGAGUGUGGGAGCCACUUGGGAGGAAAAUGGAUACCUGCUGUAAAGGCUAAAAGGACACAAGAUAAAGCUGGUGCUUCCAAGCUAACAACUGACAACAAGAGUAACGAAAGCUGUCAGGCUGCACUGCAUGUUUCUGCAGACACCAGUGAAACAAAGUCUGGUGGCGAUAACAAGGAAGGACAAGCUCAUCGGAGCAACAGAAAACAACCUGCACUAUCAGCUGCAGCACCACCAGAGGGCAGCAGCACCACACCUCUGCCUCAAAUAUGUAAACAAACAAAAGCGAAUACUAAAAGCACGCAUCAGAAACCAGUGAAGAGCUGUGCUGUUGUUCAGAAGAGGCCUGUGAGACCCAUCCUUCCUGCCGUCUGUAACCCAGGCAGCACUGUGAUUCAGAUCUUAACUGUUACACCAGAGAAAGAAAAACCUCAAGGUGUCUCUAAAAGCAACCAUACAGCAGCAGCCACAGUGCCUCAAGAGAUUCUGUCAGGUCUUAAACCCAGCACUUUAAAGCAGCUUGGCCAGACCGUCCCAACAACAACAACCAUCCAGGUGAAAACACACCCAUCAAUUCUGAAAACACAGAGUGACAGUGAUGAGGUCAAGUUUCUUCACUCACUGCAUCCCCUUCUGCAGGAUUCCUCCGUCUCAGCAGACAGAAGUAAACAUGUGACUUCCACUCCUGACACAGGUGUGAAUGUUUUGUCCCUAGUGCCUUUCAGACACACGGUUUCCUGUUUUGAUUUGGGGCUAUCCACAGCACGAGGCAGAGGCCGCUGUAAGAACCCGGCCUGUGACUACAUGUAUAAGAACCGCCACAAACCUGCUGUGUGUCCAAAAUGUGGCACCGAGCUGACCAGAAAGAAUACCAAACCUCCAAAGUCUGAGACUUUGCUAGAUCCCCAUCAGGACCUGAGUCCUGCUCAGAGGGACGUCCAGCGCCAGAGCACUUUGCAGCUAAUCCGCAGCACCCUGCAGAUACCUGAGAGUGACACAGAGCUGCAGGAAACAUUGAGCCUCAUCCAGGAGCUGAACAAUGUUAAAAUAGUCUUGGUUAAGAAUGGUGAAGGAAGUGAUGCUGAGACUGAGACACUGUUGGAGACUGGGUGGCCUCAGUUUUAUGAAUCAGCAGCUACACACUGUGGCCUGUGUAGCUACCAUCUGUUGAAAGGAGGGCGGGGUACUGUUGCCGGGCAGGAGGACUGCUGGUUGCUCACCGAGACUCUGAUGCAGACGGCGUCUCUGCAGCUCAAAGUGUGUCCCAACCUUCGAUGUUUGGCCCUGCACAGCUUUGCAGAUCUGCAUCCAGGUUUGUUCAACGUUGGGAAUCGACUUCUUGUAAGUCUUGACUUAUUUCUGAAGAUCAGAGCCAACAUCAAACUGGGCCAGACACCAUCUCUAGCUGCUCAAUCUGUGUUUGACCAAAUCCAGAAUCAUCCAAUCCAUAGUCUUACUCCAGAGGAAUCAUCUCAAGUUCAGGAGCUUUUCCUGAGCGGCUACUGGGCCUUUGAGUGUCUGACGGUGCGGGAUUACAACGACAUGAUCUGUGGCAUUUGUGGUGUUGCCCCAAAAGUUGAGAUUGCACAAAGACACAGAAACGACGUACUGGAGCUGAAGAAUGUGGAGUUUACCUGGCCGGAGUGUUCAGUCUCAGACGAAGUUCAUGUGGAUGACUUCUGGCUGACCAUGGAGGGGGAAGCGAUCGAGCAAGCGGCUUUCCCUGCAGACAUCCCCAUCACACGGGUGGAUGCUUCCAUUAUUGCUCCUUUUGCACCACCUUUGAUGAGGAGCCCCACUGUCAUCAACACAGAGAAGGACAAGCUAAUGCCACAAAUACAACAGCCUGCAGGAGAUCCGUCAGCUUUGGUUCGUCUCAUCCAUGACGGUCAGCUCAGACUCGACAGGGUCGAAGAUCACAGUGAGGAUGAGUUGAGAACCAUACUGGAUAGCUGUGGGGUGGGCCUCACCCCUGGCUCCACUAAGAACGAGCUUCUGGCCUCCCUGGUCAACCUGUACACACAUGUUCACAGUGGCCCUCCCACGGCUCCACAGCCACCCCCCCAUCUCACUGCAGGCAAGCUGUCCAAGGUGUGCCCCCACAAGGUGGUGUGUUCCUCUAAGUACUUGGUGAGAGGAGAGACGGCUCGAGACCACGUCGAUCUGCUCCUCUCCUCCCGUUACUGGCCUCCAGUUUACGUUUGCGACUGUCCUCGUCAAGUGGCGCUUUGCACUGAUCUGCAGUAUCCAGAGUUGGCAACACAGAUGUGGGGCAGAAACCAGGGCUGCUUCUCUGACCCCUUUGAAAAGCCAGAAUUUGUGACGUGCCCUGAGCUACAGGACCAGCCGUACACCGCUGACCUCUCCUUAGUAGCAGAGAACCAGCUGGUUCACCCCAUCACAAAAUCCUCCUCUUGCUGGCUGGUUUAUCCUCCAGGAGCAGCGCGGGACACUCCCGCUCAGGAACACCACUGCAUGAUCCGCUGCAGAGAUCUGGAGCCGUAUAUCAAUCUGCUAACAGAGCUGGACUUAAAGAAAGAGGAGCAUCACAAAGAGGAAAGUAUAAAGGAGCAGACCGACAUACCAGAGAAUGACUGUUUAAAAGAACCAGAAGACAAUGUGAACACAAAGUCCAUAAUUUUCAACAACACAGCUUAUUACUACUUGUACAACCGACUUGUAGACUUCCUCAGCAGCAGAGACAUAGUAAACCAGCAGAUCAACCAGGUUGUGAAGGCUUGUCAGCCUGGAGAGGUGGUCAUCAGAGACUCUCUAUACCGACUCGGAGUGGCACAGAUAAACACAGACGAAGAUGAAGGUACGAGAUUAGAUGCACAGACAGAGGAAGAAGGAGAGAAACAACUAAUGGUUCUAAGCAAUUAAAAAAUAAAAUCUUGAUUGGACUUUAUAAUGCUAUAAAAAGAGACUUGGGGGCAAGGAUUUCAGAAGCAGUGUAGGACUAGAAAUAACAUUUAUAUUACGGAGGAGACAGAAUAAAAAAAUACAUAUGAUACGGUGCUGGUCACAUGUUGAAGGGUGAGUUGAAAUCUGUAGAAGUGAAAGCUGUCACAGACUGUAGAGAUUACUGUUAAUAUAUUGAGUUUUAUUAAGUUUUUUAAGCAUAUGAAAUGCUUUCCAAUGUUUUUUCCAAGCAUAAAUAAUAAUACUGCUGAAGACUUUAAAAAUGGAUGCUUUGAUGCUUUUUAUGAAAUUGUCAGUUGUAAAUGAUGAGUGUAGUUUUGGUUUCAUGCCAAGAUGUUUAUGGAAUAAGUUCAUAUGGUGACAAAUCCCAGGCCCACGUUUUGACAGCAACUGAUAAUAGAUUCCUAUAAUAUGAUAAAGCUGCUUUGCUUUCACUUUUUCUUUACACAAAAAUAUAAAACAUGAUCUGCUUUUGUCUUAAACAUAAAAGUAGCAAUUUCUUCUGCUUCCAAAAUAAUGCAUUUACAUGUAAUAUUGGUCAUUACAUGUAAAGUUUAUUUUAUAUUACACAGUUGUUUUGCAGGCAUAGACAUAGCAAUUAUUUAUUUUGAUACAAGCAGAAAAUAUAAACAUGCUAAAUUUGUCAUUUUUCGCAGUAUAUGGUCCUUAAUCUUCCAUGUCAUGACAGUUUUUAAAAAAUGAUUUCAUAAUAAACUGAAUUUGUUGUACUUAUUGCAGGAACAGUGAUGUAGCUUUCUUUCAGUCAGCUGAUCGUUAACAGAGAAAACUCUUUGGUCUUUUCCCUGACAUCUCAGUGAAAGGACAUUUAAUUAUAGAAACUGUAUGAUGGAGAAAAUUCGUAACUUUGAAACCAUAACUUAAAAACGUUGGUACAGUAUACUGUGGUCCCACUAAUCGGUCUCCUUCUGACUACAAGAAUGUAAACUGAGCUAGUGCAAACCUUGUUCUGCAUCGUUAUUCAUGUGCCAUAUUUAUAGCUUUUUUUAUAUCAAGACAUUUCUGCUUUGUGUUUUACAGGCUUACCUCUCUAUAACCUUGUGAGCAGAUUUUUAUAGCUAUAUUGCGUAUCUGCUUUUUUCCACGGGGUUAUAAUGUAAAAAUGGACCUCAGAGAGUAGUGUUUAAUUUGCAUGAUAUUAUUUUGUGAAAAAUAUAUAUUUAAUGUGGGCUGCUGUAUGAAUUGAUUUAAUAUGUAUGAAUCCAUUGGCCUUUAAGAAACAACAAAAGUUAUGUGUACUUUUUCAGAUCUUCUGCUUGGUGCUUAUUAAAGCAGAGCAAACAUACAUUUACCUGCCUAAGGUUGUUGAUGUUUGUUCACCUGUAUGUCAAAAAAUCUUCAGGUCACUGACCAGGCCCUGCCUUGUAGUUCUAGGCUUUCUCAGGAGCGUUGAUGUUCCAUAAGAUGAAAUCUUAAAUGAAGUCCCACUUCCAGGGAGAUUGUCAGUCAUCUUGAGUUUCUUCCAGUUUCUUAUAAUUGCAACAAGUGUUGCCUUCUCACCUAUCUGUCUGGCUAUUGUUCGGUACCCAAUCAAAACUCAUCAAGCAGGUGCGGUUAAUAAAAGGUAAUCAGUGGAAGGUUAGGAGGGAUUCUUAAACAUGACAGGUUUGUGAGAGCCACAGUCCUUUCUGGUUGGUUGGUGACUAAAUAAAUUUAAUUUAUUAGAUAAAGAUCAUACAAUGUUAUCAGAUUUUAUUUUCUACAUUCUCUGCCUCACGAUCGAGGUGUACUUAAGAAGAAAAUUACAGACUCGUGGUGCAUUUCUCUCGGUCUCUUUGUGUCUAUAUAUAUCUUGUUAUGAGAUAAAUUAGCAACACAGCUAGCAACUUCAGGAAGACUGGAAGCAUUGUCCUUCCGUGCAACUGGUUGACAACUUCAAAUAUGUAUUCACUAGAAUUGAUUAACUUGUGCAAUUUUGAAACUGUGCAACCAAGAAUCAACAUAGAAGUCAAGGUCAAUUGUUUUUCUCUCAUCAGCAAACGGAAAAUUUAAUUAUUUAGAUAUUUGUUUUGGACACAAGUCAUAAGUCAUUUAGUAAAAUAAAUUAAUCUGCAAAUGAUGUGUGACUUGUUAAUGUUAGUCCCUGGUAAAGCAAAAUAAGCAAAUGGUUGGUACUUUAAAGUCUGAAAAUGGUAAAAAAAAAAAAAAAACAACCUAGAACAUCAUUUAGAUUUUUAGAUACAUCUAUCAAUACAAUUUCAGAGUUUGGCAAUAUUCAGUGUUAUUGUGGGAAACAUUUCAGAUGAAAUUCAGAUUGGCUCAAAUCCAACUGAAAAGAGGAAGUGGGGAGAGAGGAAGACAAAGGCCACACAGUUUCUGUUUGCACAGGAAAUCAAAAACACAAACUGCAAAGUUCUUCUGAGGUUUACCAACACUGAAGUAGAAGCUGGACUUUUAUUGGUAAGAUUUUUUUCAACAACUGCAUCUGCACUGAUUUAAACAAAAACACACUGAAAUACCGAUGUGCUACAAUCUACAACAUUUUAGUGAAAAUAAAGAUAUCUUGAGUUUGUCUCAGAUAUAUACAGUAUGAAACAUCUCAUUCAGACGCAAACACGUACAAAAUGCCUGACAUUGCACACAUUUUCUGUCUGUAUCGCUCACAUAGCUUAUAAAUCAUUCUAAAAAUCAUCACAGUUGGCAGCGUAGGCUGACUGCUACAUACAGACAUUAGUGAAACGUUUUUUAUCCAAACAUUCAUCUAAUGACAAGAUCCAGUUGUCACGUACAAAAUGUACAUAAAAAAAACGAUAACAAGAAGUUCACAUUGUCAGACAUGAAAGGCCCAGAAUAGAUCCACAGAUUCUCUCUGCUACUAAACUAUGCUGAACACCGCUAAAUUAAUUAAAGUGAAGCAGAACAAUCACAUGUUACUAACCACUGGCGAGCAUUGUAAGUGUCGUAAGAAAAAGCCAUGACCGAGGCACAGAGAAAACAACAUGGUCCUUCUUUUGCCUUGUCAUUUCAGUUGCUUUGCCGCGUACAGCUUAGGAAAGGACAUAUUUUUUCACCUUUACCUAAAGAGCGAGAAGAAAAAUUGACUAACUUUGAGAAAAUCAUAAAUCAAGCUGUUUUAGUCCAGUGUUUGCAGUUAUUAUUGCACAUGCAGUACACGCAAGCUCAUAUUGCACGUGCUGGCAAUAAAACCAAUAAAAGGAAGUGAUCCUGCUGAUUUCAACCUCCACAAAAUCAAGACUGUCAUCUUGCUACAGUAAACAAUGUAAUAAAGACGAUGUACAGCAGAUAACCGAUAAAAUAAACAUAUUAUGUAAGACAAAGACUGAUGAACAGUCCACCAGUGGCGAUGUUUUCAAUAGAAUAACAGCUCUGGAAACUUGGAUGCUUGUUGACAUGAUUCCUCCCUUCGUGUCUGCAGUCGAGGUUAGAAUUGGCAGUUUCUAGUCAUGGUCUGCACAGAAGCGAGUCACAUGCUUCGCUGCAGCCGGCCGUCUGUCUGGCGAACAGGCACAGCGGAGCA